GGGUCCUUUUAUGUAAAAUGGCAGACACCGCGUGCUGCCGAUAAACACUUUCUGGAAAUAUUUUUUUAAAUCGUCUUCAUUGCAAGAUCGUUCAUAAUGGAAACGGGAAGCACUUCGACAUCCGAGGAGGUUCUGAUCGCGGAUAAUGGAGAAAACACAGACUCUUUUAAGAAGGUCAAAUCGAAGAAGGCUUCAAAACGCAAACGCGAUCAGGGCGAAGUGGAAAUGGAGUCUGAAGACGCCGUGGCACCCAAAAGACCACAGUUUCCUGCUAUAUCAGGAGACAAACUAAAGGGUGGCGCAGAUGAAAUGAGGAAAAUCCCUGUACCGUCUCACAGAUAUACACCCCUGAAAGAAAACUGGCUCAAAAUCUUCACCCCCAUCGUCGAAAACCUGCAACUUCAAGUUCGAUUUAAUCUCAAAACAAGAAACGUGGAGAUUAAGACGUGUAAAGAAACGCAGGAUAUCGGCGCGCUUACGAAAGCAUCGGAUUUCGUGAAGGCCUUUAUUUUAGGAUUUCAGGUUGAGGAUGCGCUGGCACUCGUCAGGCUGGAUGAACUGUUCUUGGAGACUUUUGAUGUCACAGAUGUUAAGCCUCUUAAAGGAGAUCACUUAUCAAGAGCUGUCGGUAGAAUAGCAGGCAAAGGAGGGAAAACUAAAUUCACCAUUGAAAAUGUCACAAAGACCAGAAUCGUCCUCGCAGACACGAAGGUGCACAUUUUGGGGUCUUUCCAGAAUAUAAAAAUGGCACGGAUGGCUAUAUGCAACCUAAUAUUAGGAAGUCCACCAUCAAAGGUGUACGGGAACAUUCGGGCAGUCGCCAGCCGUGCAGCCGAGAGGUUUUAACGCCGGACGCGACUCUCUGAUCCUCCACCUGCUGUGGGAUCUCAUGGACUGAAGCAAAAACGUGGCUCAUAGGCUGCUGUCUGGACUCAUGUAGUCGUCAGAGGACUUUUCUUUCAUUGACUGACGAAAAAAAAAAGUGUCUGAAUAAUGAAACACUCGAAAAUAAACCACAUCAAAGGAAACAAAGGAAUAAGAAAUGA